AUGACGCUCUAUUACUCUCUCGUCUUUGCCCUCCUGGUCUUUGAGAUGGCCGUCUUCAUGGCCCUCAUUGUGCCUAUGCCCUUCACCGUGAAGAGCAAGCUUUUCACCUUCAUUUCGGAAAGCCCCAUCAUAGCCAAAUUACAAUAUGGCAUGAAGAUCACGUUUAUCUUCAUCCUCAUCCUGUUCAUCGACUCGGUGAACCGUGUCUACCGCGUCCAGGUGGAGUUGGCACAGGCCAAGUACCAGGGCGGUGGAGUUGCCGCCGUCGCAGGUAGCGAACGCAUGGAAGUCCAAGCCCGCAAAUUCUACUCCCAACGCAACAUGUACCUCUGCGGCUUCACCCUCUUUCUCUCCUUGAUCCUGAACCGCACCUACGUCAUGAUCCUGGACGUCCUCCGCCUUGAGGCCGAGGUCAAGCAGUACAAGGGUGAGAAGGGCGGGAACAGCAAGACUACGCAGAAGCUGAACGAGGCUGGUAAUGCUGGUGAGAUCUCUGGUUUGAGGGAGGAGUUGAGGAAGAGGGAUCGUGAUAUUGAGGUCUUGAAGAAGCAGGCCGGUGGUCUCAGUGAUGAGUAUGCCAGGCUGGGUGAUCAGUUCCACGUUUCUGACGGCACUCCCAAGAAGGACAAAUAG